AUGGUGCCGUCAGCAGCCUGUUUCGAACCUACUCGAUAUGCCGAUCAACAACAACAAGAAGCAUUGGAAGAAGUCCACCGUCAAUUCUGGCUUAGCGAAGAAUCCCUCCAUGGCGUUAUCGAUUACUUUCAAAAAGAACUCAAGGCUGGUCUCCUUGACGACAGAUCAAGCGACCUUAACAUGAUUCCUUCAUUCGUUUCAGGAUAUCCUACUGGGCAAGAGAAAGGGACCUAUUUGGCACUUGAAAUCAUAUCCAUGGACAUCUACGUUUGUCAGGUCUUAUUGAAAGGCGAAGGCGGCAAGCUUGCUAUCAAUCAAUACCAGUACAAGAUUCCACAAGAUCUGAUGAGCGGGGAUGAUUUUGUGGUGCUCAUCGAUUACGUUGUCGAGUGCGUUGCCGAUUUCCUCAACCGAGUAGGCACUCAGGAACACUUUGUUUAUUCAAUGGCAUGUUCAUUAUGCUUCGCCAUCAAACAAACAGCUCUCAACAAUGGUCGUAUCAUGUCACUUGGUCACGGAUUCAGUUACCCAAAUGGUGUUGGUGUGGAUAUUGUUCAAAUGAUGCACGAACGAAUGCAACUCAAGAAUCUACCUAUUAAAGUUGUCGCUAUCACAAAUGACGCUGUAUGUGUAUUACUAGCACAUGCAUAUCAACAUGCAUGCACACGUCUUGGCAUUGUGCAUAGUUUGGGUACCAAUUGCGCCUACUAUGAACCUGUGGUGAACGUAACCAAGCUACAAGAUCACGCCUUUUAUUCUCAACAAACGGGCAACAACAUGAUUAUCAAUACAGAAUGGUGCAACUUUGGUUCAUCGCGACGGACAUUGCCAUGCACGUGGUUUGAUCGCAAGCUUGAUCGAGAAUCUAUCAAUCCUCAAUAUCACGUGUUUGAAAAGAUGACAACGGGCAUUGCAUUGGGAGAAUUGGUGCGGAUCAUAUUGAUAUACCUGGUGGAUCGUGAUGUGCUUUUUAAUGGCGAAUCAAGUGAAGCAUUGAACAGGCCGCAUAGUUUUGACACCAGCUACAUGUACAUUUGCGAAGCAGACGAUUCACCUGAACUUGAAGAUACACGUAUUGUCAUCCAGGACAUGAUGAAUAUUCAAAAAUGCACAUUGGGCGAUCGUGAAGUAGUCAAACGUGUAUGCGAACUUGUAGGGACACGCGCAUCCAUGUUGGUGGGAGCAUCCAUUGCAGCUGUCAUCCGGCACAUGGUUGAAAAUGGAACCCCUUUUGAUUCAGAAGAUGGAGGAUGUGCUAUUGCCAUUAGUGGAGAGAUCUAUGAAGAUUAUCCAUCAUUCCAUCCUCGAGUAUGCAGCACCAUCAAGGAAUUGAUACCAGAACACAUCGCAUCCAAACUUACUGUUGGUAUUGUUAAGCAUUCACGCAUCGUUGGAGCAGCCAUUGUAGCCAUGAUGGCAGAGAAAAUAGCAGCAGAUGCCAUUACUAGUUCAUAA